AUGGACGAGCGAGCUCGAGUGCCAGUGGCAUCGCCGAUACCGAACCCGACCCCGAGCUACUGGCAAAACCCACCCUCCCCUCUCGCGACGCACACCUCCGGCGCCCUCCCGCCAAAGACCGACACUCUGAUAAUCGGAAGCGGCAUCACCGGCGCCGCCAUCGCGCACUUCCUCCAAUCGUCCGCAUCGCCACCGGAUCUCACAAUGCUAGAAGCCCGCACCGUGACCUCGGGCGCGACAGGCCGGAACGGAGGACACACCAAAGCCGCAUCCUACCGAUCCUUCCUCCACCACGCGUCCGCUCUCGGCACCGAGCAAGCAUGUCUCAUCGCGCGCCUCGAGCUGGCGACCAUCCGCGCGGUGCACGCCUUCGCCGCGGCUCAUCUCAAGGACACGGAGAGUAGGCCGUGUCAGACCGUUGAUGCGAUCUAUGACCCCGAGCAAUGGGAGGCUGCGAAGGUGGCGGUGGAUGCGAUGAGGAAAGCCAUGCCUGAUGAGGACGCUUCACGGUAUGAGUUCUACGAUGUCGAAGAGAUGAGGGACAGGUUCCACGUCGAAGGGGAGGGAUUGUGCGGGGGAGUCGGGUACGAAGCCGGCAGCAUUUCAGCUUACCGGUUCACCACUGGCGUGUUGGAGAUGUGCGUUGCCAAGGGCAUGAGGCUAUUCACCGAGACUCCAGCUCUGAGCAUCAAGAGGGACGACACUGAAGAUGAUUAUCAGUGGAAGGUUGAGACCCCCAGAGGAAUGAUCGCGUCGCGGAGGGUCAUCCUCGCAACAAACGGCUACACCGCAUCCCUCCAACCACAAUUCCAGGGCGCCAUCGUGCCGCUGCGGGGUCAAGUAACCGCCCACCGCCCCGGUUCCAACAUGCCUCGCGACAGCCUACCGAGUACCUACAGCUUCAUCUACGCCGGAGGCUUCGAAUACAUGAUUCCCAAGCCGAGCGGGACGGUUCACGCAGGCGACAUCGUCAUCGGCGGCGGUCUGGCCCGCCUGCCGGACGAGGGCCUCGAGGAGUACGGCGUCGUGAACGACGCGCAGCUGAACCCGGCCGUCAGCUCAUACCUGCGCGAGACCACGCCGCGGUACUUCGGCGCGAGCUGGGGCGAGGACGGUCCCGGUGGGAGGGUGCGCGCUGAGUGGACGGGCAUUAUGGGGUUCACGCCGGACGGGUUCCCGUUCGUCGGCCGAGUGCCGGGCGAGGACGGGCUGUGGGUGUGCGCGGGCUUCCAGGGGCACGGGAUGGUCAUGUGUUGGACGUGUGCGAAGGCGCUGGCCGCGAUGAUCGACGGGCGGGACGAUCGAGACAUUGACGGCUGGUUUCCCAGGGCUUUCAGGAGUACUCCGGAGAGGCUGGCGGAGAGGUUCAAAGGGAGCCCGAAACAUACGACGGCGACAGCGGAUAGGGCUGGCUAG